GCCGGGUGUCGGUGAUGGAAUUUCCCAUCCCACAGGGGGCCGAUGGUUGCAGGGAUCCCUUCUCACAGAGCCCCGCAGGGCCGUGCUGGGGGAGAUGUGGGACUCGGCCGUGUUGGUGGGCGGAGGAGCUGCAGCUGGGCUGGGAUAGGAGGCGAUGGGUGAACGUUAACAGCCCGCCCGGUGCCCUCCUGCCCUCACUGCGCCAUGGCCACCGCCAACGACAGAGCCGUGCUGCAGACCAUCUUCAACCCCAGCACUCCCUUUGGUGACAUCCCCGGGCUGGAUGAGGAUGAGGACGUUCAGCAGGAAGAGGAGGAGGCCUUCGCUCCGGAGCUGCUGGAGCAGGUGAGGGACCUGGAGCUGCAGGGCGUUUCUGCUGCCGAAUCCGGAGAUGUGAGCGCAGCCCUGGAGCGGUUCAGCGAGGCCAUCCGCCUGCUGCCCGAGCGCGCCUCGGCCUACAACAACCGGGCACAGGCACUGCGCCUCAAGGGCGACGUGGCAGGUAAGGAAAGUGGGACCCGGGGA